AUGACACUCGGGGCGGACAUGUCCGAGAGUCCGGAGCUGUCCGACGACCUGGACAUCGACGUGGUCGGCGGAGACGGAGUUAAAGACGGAAGGUAUCCGCGCCACCACCAUGUCGCUUUUCACACGGAUCACGACUCCGAUGACCCGCUGUCCCACGAAACGGGGUUCGACGGCCAGGAUGAUGACCGGGCUCUUGGAGAAGCUGGGCCUGAGGCCGGGUCUGGAGCGUUGAGCGAGGACAAACCGGUAAAAAACGCGCUUGUAAAGCCACCGUAUUCGUACAUCGCACUGAUUACUAUGGCAAUUCUGCAGAGCCCCAAAAAGCGGCUCACGCUGAGCGAGAUCUGCGACUUUAUCAGCAACCGGUUCCCGUAUUACCGUGAGAAGUUCCCAGCAUGGCAGAACUCCAUUCGGCACAACUUGUCGCUCAAUGACUGCUUCAUCAAGAUCCCGAGAGAACCCGGUAACCCAGGGAAGGGCAACUACUGGACGCUUGACCCUGAGUCGGCCGAUAUGUUCGACAACGGAAGUUUCUUGCGCAGAAGAAAGCGGUUCAAGCGGCACCAGAACGGCGAUUUGAUUCUCCGUGACGCGGGUGGAUUCCUGCCGGGAUUCGGUUACGGGCCGUACGGCUGCUACGGAGCAGGGGGUGCGAGUUACGGCCUGGCGCUGCAGAACUUUCACGCGUACCAUGCGCAUCACCACCCGUCCGCCGGGACGUUCCCUUUCCAAAGCGCACCGUGUCCCCUUCCAGGUCCAGCCUCCAUCUUUCCCUCUCCGGCGCACUCAGUGCCAUCUCUCCUGGGAGCAGAUCUCAGGAAGUCGUUCUACCCGCAGAUCGGACCUGUUCUCACGCCCCACAAAACAGACCCGAGCGCGUCGCGUCGCCCGUCUUUUUCCAUAGACAAUAUCAUCGGCGCAAACAGCUCGCCUCCGUCCGCGCCAUACAGUGCGCAAUUACCAGCGAACCAGGCGCAGAUCCUGGCCAUGCUGAACCCUCCGGUCUCCAACCACUUGAACCUUUCUUCUGCAGAAACGAUCGCACCUAACUCGUGCUCGGACUUUCUACGGUAG